AAUAUCAAUUUGUUGUUUCCGCGUAGGUUGUAUACUAAAACCAGUGACUAAAACGCUGUAAUCUGAUUAUUUUAUAAACAUUAUUUACUAGCGGAGGUGGUUUUUGAUGCUUUAGGACCCAUUAAAGGAAGAAAUGAUGUCCAGAUCUGUGCGUGCGGAAACGCGAAGCCGAGCGAAAGAUGAAAUCAAGCGGGUCAUGCAAGCAAUUGACAAAGUCAGGCGCUGGGAAAAAAAGUGGGUGACAAUCGGUGACACAUCCCUAAGAAUCUUCAAAUGGGUUCCAGUUCCAAACCAGGAACCACAUAAAUUGCAGGGUGUUGCGAAAUUCGGCCUCCGGGAGAAGAAGAUUAAGACGCGAUCCUCCGGCUUCAAGCGCAUAAACGUCGACAAUGAGAACAGCGAGAACACGCCGCCAUCUCUGUCGGUGCAGGACGAGGACACGAGAGACUCACAGAUCGGAGAGGACGGACUGAGUGGCUCGGGAGAGAACUCCAACUCCGUGAUAGACAACCAGAGCUCUUCACAGAUGUACGAAGAUUCCAGCCUGCUCAAGUCCACCAGUGAGCUUCACCCGUGCCAGUCCACAGGACCACUGACGUUCGAGGGCACCGUACCAAACUCCCAGGACGAUUCCAACGCUAACUUCCCGGAUAGCUCCUGCGUGAGAUCGGAAGACGAGGACUCUCGCUCCGAGUUGAAGUUUUCAAUGGGAAUGCUAGGUGGUGAGGAAUCGUUCCAGCCUGGCGACAGUAUUGAUGACUCGCAGGAUUCUCCUCCUCAUCUAGUUCCAGAGGUGCCACAAGAGGGCGAUGGCGAGCCACUGGUGAAAAAGCACAGGUCCCAGUCUCCGGCAUCCCACCAUUAAUCCGCUAGCCCGCCUCCACCCUAUCCAAGCAGAUCGGUCAUCGUAACUUCCACGGGCACGGGUGAUCGUCCGUGAUACUGCCAUUGGUCAAGGCCUGUACGAUGUAAAUCACUCUACUGACAGUCACAUAGUGUCAGUGUGUAGCAACAAUUCUGCAUAGGUAGUUCUUUAAAAAAAACCGCAUCACAAGUGCGAAAAUCGUCUCUAUUACCGCGUUCACACGGUGAUGAUUUGGCUCGAGCUAAAUGGGCUAAAUUUGGCUCGGGCUGGUUUGAGUCAG